AACGGUCACACUAACACAGCUGGUUGCGAAAAAAGGCGGAAAAGUCGUGUAAAAUAAUAAAAACUGUUUAUUUUGCAAACAAACAGCAAAGUUACAGUGCUUAAAAACCGCAAUGAAUACCACAAAAGUGCCGCCGGAGUGGAAGCGGCGUGUCAAGUCGGAGUACAUUAAGAUCAGGCAGCAGAAGCGCUACAAGCGGGCGGAUGAGAUCAAGGAGGCGUGGAUAAAGAACUGGGAUGAGCACAAUCACAAUGUGCAGGAUCUUUACUGCGAGUCGAAGGUUUGGCAAGCGAAGCCCUACGAUCCGCCGCAUGUGGAUUGCGUUAAACGGGCCGAGGUGACCAGCUACAAUGGCAUACCCAGUGGCCCCCAACGUAUUCCCAUCUGUGUGAUCAAUGCCGUAACGCCCAUUCCGACCAUGUACACAUGGGCACCCACCCAGCAGAACUUUAUGGUCGAGGAUGAGACGGUCCUGCAUAAUAUACCCUACAUGGGCGACGAGGUUCUCGAUAAAGAUGGCAAAUUCAUUGAGGAGCUCAUUAAGAACUAUGAUGGCAAAGUCCAUGGCGACAAGGAUCCCUCGUUUAUGGACGAUGCAAUUUUUGUAGAGCUGGUACAGGCUUUGAUGCGUUCUUACAGCAAGGAGCUGGAGGAAGCCACCAGUCCUGGAGGCUCUGUCAAGUCGGAGACACUGGUUAAGCUGAAGAAGGGCGAUGAUGAAGACGAGGAAGUGGAUUUUGAGGCGGAGGAGCAGAAAGAAGAGCCUAAAAUUGAGGAGAAAAAGGAGCUGGCAGGGGAUGAAUCUGAAAAGAAGGAAGCGCUGUCAGGCGAGGCAGAUGUUAAGCCACCAGUGGAGGUUGCCAAGGACAAGCUGCCCUUUCCGGCUCCCAUUAUAUUCCAGGCCAUCAGUGCCAACUUUCCCGACAAGGGCACAGCACAGGAGCUGAAGGAGAAAUACAUUGAGCUCACUGAACACCAGGAUCCUGAACGCCCUCAGGAGUGUACACCCAAUAUAGAUGGCACCAAGGCCGAGAGUGUCUCCCGGGAGAGGACCAUGCACUCUUUUCACACUUUGUUUUGCCGGCGUUGCUUCAAAUACGAUUGCUUUUUGCACCGUUUGCAAGGCCAUGCGGGUCCCAAUCUUCAGAAGCGUCGCUAUCCAGAGCUCAAGACCUUUGCCGAUCCCUGCGGCAACUCCUGCUACAUGCUGAUUGAUGGCAUGAAGGAAAAGCUGGCUGCUGAUAGCAAGACUCCACCCAUAGACUCUUGCAAUGAGGCCAGCUCUGAGGAUAGUAAUGACAGCAAUAGUCAGUUUAGCAACAAGGAUUUUAACCAAGAAAACAGCAAGGAUAAUGGUCUGACAGUCAACAGUGCAGCUGUGGCUGAAAUCAAUUCCAUAAUGGCUGGCAUGAUGAACAUCACCAGCACGCAGUGCGUGUGGACAGGCGCCGAUCAGGCCUUGUUUCGUGUUUUGCACAAGGUUUACCUGAAGAACUAUUGCGCCAUAGCUCACAACAUGCUCACCAAGACCUGUCGUCAGGUUUAUGAGUUUGCCCAAAAGGAAGAUGCCGAGUUUAGCUUUGAGGAUCUACGCCAGGACUUUACACCCCCACGUAAGAAGAAGAAGAAGCAACGUUUGUGGUCUUUGCAUUGCCGCAAAAUUCAACUGAAAAAGGACUCUUCCUCGAAUCAUGUUUACAAUUAUACGCCCUGCGAUCAUGCUGGUCCCUGUGACAUGAACUGCUCUUGUAUACAAACUCAGAAUUUCUGUGAAAAGUUUUGCAAUUGCAGCAGCGAUUGCCAGAAUCGUUUUCCAGGAUGUCGCUGCAAGGCUCAGUGUAAUACCAAGCAGUGUCCUUGCUACCUGGCAGUGCGGGAGUGUGACCCAGAUUUGUGCCAGGCCUGCGGAGCGGAUCAGUUUAAGCUGACCAAGAUCACGUGCAAGAAUGUGUGCGUGCAGCGGGGACUGCACAAACACCUCUUGAUGGCCCCCUCGGACAUUGCCGGCUGGGGCAUCUUCCUCAAGGAGGGCGCCCAGAAAAACGAAUUCAUUUCCGAGUAUUGUGGUGAAAUCAUCUCCCAGGACGAGGCCGAUCGGCGUGGCAAGGUCUAUGACAAGUACAUGUGCUCGUUUUUGUUUAAUUUAAACAACGAUUUCGUGGUGGAUGCCACGCGCAAGGGCAACAAGAUACGUUUUGCCAAUCAUUCCAUUAAUCCCAAUUGCUAUGCCAAGGUAAUGAUGGUCACUGGGGAUCAUCGCAUUGGUAUCUUUGCCAAGCGAGCCAUUCAGCCCGGCGAAGAGCUCUUCUUUGACUAUAGAUACGGGCCCACGGAGCAGCUCAAGUUUGUGGGGAUUGAGCGAGAAAUGGAAAUUGUUUAAAUUUGGAAUCUUUUAUAACAGAAAAUAAAUAUAUAUUUUGAUUAACUUCAAA